AUGGUAGCUCGGCACAUCAAUAAAGCAUUCUCUCAAGCAACUGCGUGCACUGGGAUGCUUGGAGUCGGGGCUGGUCGAGCCGCUGAUAUCUAUCACUACCCUGACGAGGACUUUCCUCCUGUGCGUCUGGAAACCAACGAAGACAGGAUCUCCGGAAACGAUGCUGCCUUCUUCAAACGGCAUUGGGUGAAAAAUAUCGAUAUGCUUAGAGGAUUGAGGUCUGGACUAGACACUGGAUGUACUGAUGCCAAUGGUCUUCAUAGAGGGAUGAGAAAUACAGACUACAAAGUUUCAUCUCGGUAUCCAACCUCUGGCCAGUAA